AUGGGCUCACAAACAAGCGCAGAGAACAGUCUCGCUCCUCUACCUACACCCACAUAUCCAUCUUUCGCAAAUGACGACCAGCGCCCCGAGAUGUUCUCCCCACGCGGCUCGCCCCCAUUGAUCAUUGCCUUUUUGGCAAUCGGGCUAUUCAGCAUCGCGAUGCUUCUAGUCUGUGGGUGGCAAAGAGUACGUGUGGCCAGUGGGUGGAUUUUGCCGACACCUGCAACAACUCGUGCAGGGGGGAGGGGUAACUUCAAAGGGGAGCGACUGGGUGAGAAACCUCAGCUAUGGGACGUGCGGAUAGCCUAUCCGGAGCCGGACACACAUCCCGCGGAUAAUGAGGAUGAUAGUGGCUUGCAUGGAAAUCGGAGUGAAGGCGAGGUGCAGAAGGGUAUGCGAUGGAAAGAUAUUACUCCUUUAUCUGCCACAAUCUGUUGGGACGAACAAAGUCAAUCUCUGUUGCCCAUCAACAAGGCUGAAACUCCUACAGAGGCAAGGCUGGGGAUAUCGCGUAUAAUUCAUCGGAUGUAUCCAGGUGAUGGGCAAGAGCCUCGAAUAUCCGGGACCUCGAGUGUGAUGUCGGAAAAUGAUAAUGAGAAGGGUGCAGGAGCUGGUGGUAAAUUGAGUGCCAUCGAAUCCGAUAACGCGCAGCUUCGGGUGGCGGUAGUGGUUGCGAUGCCUUCGCCCCGUACCUUGAACGCACGAAGGGACCCCGAACCGCUGGGAAACCCUGGCCGAGUUGACAAUGAACUGUCGUAUGCAAUUGGGUUAGUACAGGUAGAGCAAGGAAGAUUGAGGGGACUUACGUGCGACUCUGUAUAUUAA